AUGGCUCCACCGCCGUCUACGUCGCCCGCUGUGAAGGACAGCACGUCGGCUGAAGAAGGGGGCCUUUUGGCCAAGGGGAAGAAGCUGCUCGGCCUCGGCAAGAAGAGGGAGGGAGAGGGGCACAAACAGGAGGCAGAGAAGGCCGGAGCCAUGUCGCACCCAACACUGCUGCCCUCGCCGGCGCUCACGACACCCUCGACAGACGCCGAACGAAGAGCGUCGCCCCGCGGCAGCCCGCGCAUGCAUCCUGUCAGCAUUGGCGCGUCCCCGAGUCGUCGCAUCCGCUCUUCGUCGCCGGGCCUGCAUUCGCCAGCGUCGUCGCAGAUCUUCGAGCGCAACGUGCAGGAGCCAGAGGAGUCGUCGGCCAUCCCCGCGCACAUCAAGACGGAAGACUUCAUACCGCCCGCGCUGGACGCGUCGUCGCUGGCCAUCACCGACAGCCACCUGAACCCCGACGAGGUGGAGAUUGUCAUGCACUCGGCGCACCAGCCUGCCUCGGCCGUGGUUGUCGGCGGCACGGCCGACUCACCGUCGCUCAAGCACGAGGAGUCGCGCGCUGACAUGACCGAGUCGGCGACCAACUACGGACUGACUGACCCGCACCGCCUGAGCUUCAUCUCGUUUGCAGACGUGGUGCAGGCCGAGCACAUCGAGCACGACCGCGAACCCAUGGGCUCCAACGACGGCCUGCAGUUUAUGAGCCUGGACUCGACGACGGCUGACCGCUCCCCGUCGCCAGUCACCUCGUCGUCCCACAGCCGCAACGCCUCCCCCAAGGGCGCCGACUACGGGCGCACGCGCUCGCCCGGCAGCCCUACGUCGCUGGCGCCCACCACGCACGACCCCUCGCUGGGCGGCGAGCUGCCGUUGCAGAUUGAGACGAUGCGUCAGGCGCUGCGCAAGACGCGCUCGGGCGAUCUGAGCGGGCCCCGGUCGCAGGCGCCGAGCGCUGUCAGCCUGGUGGACAGCGCGGGUGCUUAG